UUCAGCAAGAGACUCCGGGCGCUCCACAGUCUCCACUCGAAUCUUGUCUCGAAUGGAGUUUAAUUCUGAGCCUCGAGAUAACUCGCGAAAGAUAAAUGUAACAGGAAAGAAUAAUACGGAAAAUUCAAAGUGCAGGCUUAUCGUGUAGCCACGCAGUGCAAGCAUGGAAUAAAAUUACUAUCUCCUGAUAUUAAACACUUGCUGAAGGAUACCCUGAUAGCAGUAUCAAUUGUCCAAUUAUCUUGGCGUCCACUAGAUUUGAAUGAUUAAUUGGUGCAAUGGGUGGUGAAUACGACAUCGGCGAGGACGACAGUCUCAUGAGGGGUCCAGCGGUGAAAACAUUUUUAACGAAAUCGGAUGAUCCGGAGAUUCCGGCUGAAGUCCUCCCAAAGUCUGAAUCGAACAUAACAAUUAGUUUCAAUGACCUCUCAUACUCAAUCCGUCCGAAGGCCAGAGGUAAAGGAGGGAAAGAGGUGCUGCUGGGAAUAGAUGGAUAUUUCCGUGGGAGUUGUUUGAAUGUGCUGAUCGGGCCUUCAGGAGCUGGAAAAACCAGUUUGUUAAGUAUCCUCUGUGGACUGAGGGGCAGAAAAGAGGGAGUCAGAGGGCACGUUGCUAUCAACGGCAGUAUGUCUACAGCUGAUACGCUCAGAAAAUUGGCCUGCUAUAUUCCGCAAGAAUUCGAACUGCUACCUUUGCUUACUACUAGAGAAACACUUUAUUUUGCUGCUAAGCUGAAAGUUCCGGGAUCUGAUGAAAAGAAAAUCAACGCUUUGGUAAUGAGGGUAGCGAGCACAUUGGGUCUCCAGAACUGCCUCAGUACAAUGACCGGAAAUUUGAGUGGUGGUGAAAAAAAACGUCUCUCAAUUGGCGUGGAAAUUGUUGUUAAUCCUCGAGUGCUCGUGCUGGAUGAACCAACAAGUGGACUGGACAGUGCUGCCUCUCUACAAGUUAUCAUUUUACUCAAGAACAUUGCGCAGUCCGGCUGCACUGUUAUUUGUUCUGUUCAUCAGCCGAGCAGUCAAAUGAUGACUCAUUUUGACGAGAUGCUCGUUCUUGCUGAGGGAAGGGACUUGUACUGCGGGCCAGCGAGUAAAAUUGUGGAAACCUUCGGGGAGGCGGGGUUCUCCUGUCCCCCGUUCUACAAUAUCUCUGAGUUUGUGAUUGAGGUAAUCACUGGUCAGCACGGAGGUGACUUAGAUAAUUUGAGAAACUACAGUGAGAAGUUCCAAGUAGUAUCAAAUAAAUCCUUUGUACCUGUGUUCAACGGACAAGAGGACGCUGGGAGACGCGUGAUAACGAAAAAUACUGGAAGAUGUCUGAAGCAAAAAUGUGAUAAAUGGUUCAAUGAAUUCCGAAUGCUGAUUUGGAGGUCGACGAAGUGUAUUCUACGAGACAAUACCUUGACAAAACUGAGACUAACUGCCCACAUACUAGUCGGCAUAUUCAUGGGAUUGGUAUUCUACAAAUUCGGUGGUGACGCCAGUAAAGUCCCCAGCAACAUUGCCUGUCUCUUCUUCUUCCUCCUCUUCCUCUUCUUCAGCAAUGCAAUGCCGUCAGUGCAGAUGUUUCCGAUUGAAGCAGAGGUCUUCGCAAGGGAGCACAUGAAUAAUUGGUAUGGCUUGGGGACUUAUCACGUCACAAAGGUCCUAACAGAUCUUCCUCUACAGACUCUCUGUCCUACAUUCUUUCUGGUAAUAGCUUACUGUAUGACCGGACAACCAGUGGAGUGCGACAGGUUUAUGAAGAGCUGGUUGAUCUGCUUUCUCCUGUGUAUACUCGCGCAAUCCUUCGGAAUGCUGACUGGAGCUGCAGUGCACACUCAUGCCGGAACGUUCCUUGUGCCUGCGCUGAACAUACCGAUGUGCCUUUUCUCGGGAUUUUUCCUAAAACUGGGGGAAGUCCCGUCUUACAUGACGCCCAUCAGCUUCUUGAGCUACUUUAGGUAUUCGUUUGAGGGACUCAUGCUGGCGGUUUACGGAGGGGACCGAGGGGCCUUGCCGUGCCCUGAGGAAUUCUGCAUUUUAAGGGCUCCGAAUAAAAUCCUCAGACACAUGGACAUGCCGUCCUUAGAAUUCUCGUCUACGGUUUAUGCACUCGUCAGUUGGAUAGCGCUUUUGCAUUUAUGUAUUUAUGGGGUGCUGAGGUGGAAGAGUACUAGGUCAAUGUAGGAGGGAAUUUUUAAUUCCGUCUGAAUAAUAAUUCGGUAGUUAAGGGGUAAAACGAGAUCAGAGAAUCAUAACAGAUGAGACAAUAAAUCGUGGGGAUUUUUAUGACGUCAGGAAACCUGGAUGGAGUAAACGACAUAUAAUUUAUUGCUGCAAGUACGAAAAAUUUUCAUUAAAAAAUCUAGCGAAUUCGCUAGAAAAUUUUUAAAUGUUUAAUGAAGGAGAAUUUUUCAGUGCUUUCUUAUAUUUGGGAAUGAGAAACGGGAAAAAAUGCAGCAAAACAAGUUUGUAAAAUUGAGGUCACGAAUUUUCUAUUGGAAAAAUCUCAAAAGUAUAAGUAAUCAUUUGAGAAGAUCAAAAUCUAUUGACUUUCAACAAAAUUUGUAUAAUGAAGAAAUUGUUUUCCGCUUCACUUCAUAACCAAGAUCCCCAAGGGAAUUCCGGUAGAUUCGUUUUCGUUAUAUUCGUUUCAUUUCCGUUAGAUUCGAAGGGGCCCUUAUGACGAAUUCAUGUUGAAUUAGGCUAUCUCGUUCUACCACUUUCCUACACCUGAUAUUACAUUCCCGGUUAAUGCUCAAUGAAAUAGGUGAAGAUAUUAUUUUUCCACGUGAUUUUUAUUUCCUCAAAUGGUGUUGAUAUUUUUAUUUAUUACAUGAAUACAUUUUGUACCUGUGGUUUUACGCUGUAAUAUUUUUAUUUUGUAAUACGAAUAAAUGGAAAUGAUGAUUA